CAGUAGUACGUCAUGAUGGCUGAGUGGAAAGAUUGUAUGAAAAAUCUAAAGGGGGUUUUGUUAGAUAUCUGUGGAGUUUUGUAUGACAGCGGGGAAGGAGGAGGAGUGCCUAUUCCGGGUUCUAUAGAAGCAGUGAAAAGGAUCAAGGCAUCUGGCUUGAAGCUACGCUUUUGCACCAAUGAGACUCAGGCAACCAGGGACAAGUUUGUGGCAAAACUACAGCGGAUGGGCUUCGACAUCUCUGUGAAUGAAGUGUUCUCUCCAGCCCCAGCAGCCUGUAAAAUCCUAAAGGACCGUGGGCUAAGACCACACCUGCUAGUUUAUGAUGAAGUUGUCCCCGAGUUUGCAGGUGUCGACAAAUCAAACCCCAACUGCGUGGUGGUCGGAGAUGCUGCCGACAAUUUCUCCUACAAGAAUGUUAACGAAGCUUUCAGAGUCCUGAUAGGACUUGAGAAGCCAGUGUUAAUAUCAUUAGGAAGAGGGCGCUACUACAAAGAAACAGAUGGCUUGAAGCUUGACGUUGGGGUCUAUAUGAAGGCAUUAGAGUACGCUUGCGAUAUUGAGGCUGAGGUGGUCGGAAAGCCAGCCAAGAUGUUUUUCCAGUCAGCAUUAGCAGACAUGGGCGUCGAACCACAACAGGCCAUCAUGAUUGGAGAUGAUCUGGUGAAUGAUGUCGGCGGAGCUCAGCAGUGUGGGAUGAAGGCUCUACAAGUGAGGACAGGAAAGUACAGGCCCAGUGAUGAGAAGCACCCCACGGUCAAGGCAGACGGUUAUGUGAACAACUUGGCUGAAGCUGUGGACAGGAUCCUGAAACACUUGGGUGAAUGAAGGUGGUGUCAAGGGCGCUAGCGACUGCGAAAUUCAUUUAGAACACAGGGCUCCUUUAGUAGAGAAAUGCCCCUUUGAUAACACGCACUGCCCCGUGAUGACUCAUUAGUGGCUAACCCAUUAACUGACAUUGUAACUACAUGCAUGUUAGACAGCUCUGGCACAUGGAGGGGAUUUAUUAAGUUCUCAAUAAAUACAUGAACAUUG